UUCAAUUCAACAGUAUGUACGAUUCUCUACAUAUUAAAAUACCUUUUUAUUUCGUAACGGUUGUACGGAGUUAUCAGUAUUGCAUAUCAAAAACAAUGGAAGCGGUGCUUUCUAUAGAAGUGCUUUUAAAGAGCCAAUAGUUUAUCAUUACUACGGGUACUGAUAAAUACGCCUCAGUUGUCAUUGAAGUAGCAUAAAUUGUUUCUAAUCUAAUUAUUCACACUAAAUUUCAAUACGUAUUUCACCGGAACGGUCAAUUUUGCUUUCCCUUUACUAUUGAAUUACAAAAAUUACAAGUUGGUGUUAUUGUUAGAGGACGCAAACGUAGAAAAUAACUGGAGCCAGUAAAUUUAGCAACGUGGUGUUGCAUGAGUAAUGGGUGGUGGCACCGACUGCUGCCGCUGUCACCAGCGCCGGCGCUGACGCAAGCGGCGCUGGCGCAGUUGCGGCCUAACACCUUGUGAAAUGGUCGUAUCGGAAGCUAUAUUAAACUUCGCCCCACCCCGGCGGGUUUUAUCCUACAGAAAAAAUCACGCGCGAAUGGACUAAUCUAUCGCCGGCUUGAAUUAAAAUCAUUAACAUAAAUAAACAUUUAAAUAUCUACCGUUAAUAUGACAUACUUUUUUCAAAAUCACCGCGCGAGUUAAGAAGAAAAAUCGAUAAUAUCGUAUGUUUAUUUACAUUAGUUUGGCGAAUAUUUGAGAUAAGUAUAACAUGGGACGAAUAAAGCUUUCUGUGGUUCUAAUCGUUGUCUGUGUGGUCAAGUGUUUGGCGAUGACAUAUGACGAAUUAGAGGAUUUUGCGGAGCAUCUUAAGAAGACGUCGCAACUCAGCCCAACAUUAAAAAAAGGAGUAAAUCCUGACGAUGACUACGAUGAUGAUGAAGAGGUGUCUGACCACGCGUGGGAGGAGAGCGGCAAGUUCGAGGGAGACCUGAUCCUCAAUGAGCGCCAGCGGAGGCUGAUCGUUGAGGACGUUGCCGAAGGUCUCUCCAGGAACGGGAUUACUGAUGGCACCAAGCGGUGGCCGAAUAAUGAAGUCACCUAUUACAUACAAGUAGAACAUUUCACCAGUGACCAAGUUCAAGCCAUCGAGAGUGGGAUAGAGGAUCUGGCGCGUGCGUCCUGUGUCAAAUUCCGACCUUACAGAAAAGGAGAUCGUGACGCGGUAGUGAUACAGGGCAGUCGACGGGGUUGUUUUUCCCAGGUGGGCUAUCAAGGCGGGUACCAAGUGCUGAACUUGUCCGGCCGGCACCCGGUCGGGCGCGGCUGCUUCCGGCAUGGCACUGUCGUACACGAGCUCCUACACACACUUGGUUUCUACCACAUGCAGAGCAGCCCCGACAGAGAUGACUAUGUUGAUAUUAUCUGGGCCAACAUCGUACAACCUGCGAGGCAUAACUUUCGCAAAUACAACUCGUUCUCCGUAUCGGACUUCGGCGUGGGGUACGACUACGACAGUGUCCUGCAUUAUAGCCGGCGAGCUUUCUCCUCCAAUGGUCAGGACACCAUUGUGCCGAAACAGGCUGGGGCUCAAAUUGGUCAAAGAACGGGACUAUCCGAUAAGGACACUCAAAAGUUAAACAAAAUGUAUUGUGAUGGAGACGUCGACAACAGCCCAGCAGAUGACGGCACAUCUAGUAAGACGAAAAAUAAGAAGAAACGAGUGAAGAACAAACCUUUUCAGGGGCAGGGAAUCGGAUACCAUCAAGGUAAAGCUGUGGCCAUCAAACUAUUGCCCGCUGCUGAAACAUAUAAGUUACGUGACGUACCAAGUUUUCAUGUAUUUGAUUAUUUUAGUAAAGAGCCGCAAAUCAUGCCGACGUCGGAAAACGAAGGUUUUCGCAUUGGUAAAGAAAUAGCUUAUUCCUACAUGCCACCUGAACCACUGACUAUUAUAAACUACAACAUGCCACAACACUUCAAUGUUCAGCCCGAAGAAAACAUAUACGGGAGUGACAGAAGCCUCAUGCUCCCCAAAGAGGAAGAAACAAAACAAGUGAAACAUUCUAAUAACAAAAUGUUACACACUCAUAAGACUACUAGUGACGUUCCAUUACGAGACUACAAUGGUCCUGAAACAGAGCAGAAUGAUCCGUUUGAUAGGCUGUCAAAAAUAUUAAAACUCCAUGUAUACCCUUCGCAAACACCAGACUUAAGAAUUUACAAAGAAGAGCCUUACUCCAGCUAUUAUGAUUCCCGAGGCUUGAGGAAAGAGCAGGACAAGCUAAUUGCACCAGAACCAAAUAGAUCAGAAAAGUUUGAGAACGAUAAAGUUAAGUCGGCUAUGAAAUUCAUUGACAGCCUUCACGGCUUCCAUUCAGAUGAAUCUAAUUUACGUAUCCCACAUAGCGGAAAACAAGAUAAAUAUAGAAAUGAGAAAAAGGAAAUCAAUAAUAAAGAACAUUUGUUCUCGUUGGAUUAUGACGAGAGCGACAAACACAUCCCAGCGUACACGAUUCCUUCCUCAUUAAACAAGAAAUACGAAGACGAAUAUGAUGCUAGACUAGGUUUUGAUUUUCCGGAAUACUAUCAAGACAAACUUAAGUACAGUCAGUCUCCGAAAUCGCAAGAUAAAAAGAAGUCCAAACAACAGAAUGAUUGGUAUCAAGAAGAUUACACUCCAUUUUAUUCUGAUCAUGAUCCAUUCUUGCAUGAUUAUUCAAGGGACUCCUCUCGAGAAGUUAACUAUGACGAAAAACCGAAUGAGAAUAUUUCUAGUUCUUCGACCGCAGUAAGAACUCAGGAGUAUUCAAUAUUUCCACCUCAAAGACCCACGAACUGGUACACAAGUGGUAGAUAGAAAAUGUAGUCUUAAGCAAUGUUAGUUAAUAUGUUGUACAGUGUUAUUUAGCUUAUAUUUUUUAUUUAAGUCCAUAUUUUUAAACAAAA